AUGUCGGUCGAAUAUGAUUCUUUGAAAAUAGGAGAUUUUAGUACCCACUCUGGGGUGCGUGUGGUCACGGUGGAGUGUGACAGAGUUCAGCAGGAGUCCAUUCCACACAUAAUUCAAUUUGAGUGUGGCACAAGGGCCUUGAUUACCAUGAGGGGACGGCAGCCCCUUUGUCUCUAUUGCCAAGAGGUUGGGCACGUCCGAAACACUUGCCCCCAAAAUAUCAAUGCCAUUUUUAAAGAAAAAGUAAGUGUUUCAGAAAACAACAAGGACAAUACACCAGAGAAAAAGACAGACGGAGAGAAACAGACAGAUGGUGAGAAACGAAAGGAAACAGAAAAGCAUACAGACCAACCAGAACAGAAGAAGAUUGAUGACGAGGGCUUUGAGACGGUGGGGAGUAAGAAGAAAGGAAAGAGCCAGGGAAGAAAGAAAAAUGGAGAGAAUAUACAAGAAAUGGAUGUAGAAACAGAGGAUGACAGCAGCGAGGAUGUGGGGAGCCGGUGCUCGGGUUGUCAUCCUGGGUCAGAGAGAGAGAACAACAAAGUGAUACAGUGUUUUGUGUCAUUUGUGUGAUGAGUUUUUGUAUUGAUGUAUUUAUAUAUGUAUCAUCACUGUUAUCAUCAAUGUUCCUAUGAAUCAUUUCAAUCAUAUAUCAUAUACUGUGUAACCCGGUCAUGGGCUCAUCUCAUUUCAUUCAUUGAAUUUCAUUAUCACUCAUGUUUCAUCACUAUGUAUAUACGCUAUACCAUUGCCUCAUUUACAUUCAUGUAGGACAUAGGAACACUGUACUAACCUUUCUUGCGUAUUGAGUUUCAUUUCAAAAAAUAUAUUUCAUAUUAUACAUGCUUUUUCACACUUGUUCAGGCUUAACUGGAUGGUGGGGUUGAGGCGGGUGAGUAGUUGUACCGAAGGCUGUCACGUGCCUCAACUCCAUCAUCCAGGGCAGCUGUAGACUAUAUAUCAUGAUCCUGGCGGACCAUCACAGGAAGUGCCCGUGCAUGACCUGAGGUGGUUCGCUGGGAACCACAUUUUAUUUCAUUAUAGUUUUUUCAUUUAAAUGUACAACCUUAUAUGUUUCUUUUCGUU